GCAGGGAAAUGGAAGUUGUCCUUCAGAAAAUGCCAAGCAAACCUACACUUGACAACGCCGUUUGUAUUGUAAGUUCUGAUGCAAGCUACUCAGAUGAGUACAAGCGAAAAAUCAAAGAGACUGUCGGUCAAUUUAGAGGGGUUUCUUUCCGCACUCAUGUCGUCAGAAAGCACGCGGAUAUUACUGAACUUCCCCAUUGCAGAAUGUACAUAAUGUGUGUGGAGUUCACAAAAAGGCACGUGUUAAUAGAAGUACAAGGUUUUGGACUUGGCGAUUUGAAUCUCACUUUAUAUCGGGGUGUUAGAAAGCUAGUAGGGGCUUUGUUUAUAUGUUACGUAUAUGACCCCGAUUCCAGAAACUUGUCAGAACACCAGUUAUACAGUGAUGGUAUUUAUUGUGUUAAACAACAACAGGAACUGAAGGAAUUAUGUGAAUUAGAUCGAUUCAUAAGUGUGCACAAUGAAUUAAACACAGCUCAAACGAAGGCAUUAGAAACUGCUAUAAGUGAUGUGCUUAACAUACAGGCCGCGAGGUAUUAACUGAUGAAUAAACAGUGUAAUAUCUCGUGUGCCAUCUGAUUUCUCGAAUGCCAUUGACAUUUGUGUAUUUUUAGAAGUGACUUUUAAUGGUUGUGUAUUUUAAGUUUAAUGAUUAGCUUCAAUUUCGGUUGGAAUGCAGUUUAAAGUGAGUUGAAAUUAUUCUUAUUGCUUUAAAGCGUAUAAAAACAAUGUAACUAAACCUUCUGUAAGACAAAUUUCCUUUAAGCAUAACUAAUGAAAACGGGGAAUUGAAACCAAUUAAUGUUAUAACAUAAUGUUAGACUGCUAAAGAAAUAAUGCGAGAUUAAUGUUUGCGUUCUUGUCUAUAUACCUUGCACAGAUCGUUUGACAACUCUUUCGAAGUUGUCUAACAAAACAACCUCAAUAUAAGGUGUAUUGCUCAGUACAGUCAUUCAUGACAAUAGUAAAAUUAAUCAUAUGAAUUAUAAAACUUAUUUUAAUUCUCAAGACAAUACAUUAGACAAGUAUUAAAUUAUUUACAUGUGUUUUAUGUAUUUUGAUUUGUUUGCGCGCGCCCGUGUGUGUGUGUGUGUGUGUGCGUGCGUGUGUGUGUGUGUGUGUGUGUGUGUGUGUGUGCGAUUAGAAUUUUAUAUGAAAAGAGAUGAGAUUAAACGUUCGACGUAUGUCUGAGUGCAUGAGUAUAUGUGCGCUUAAAUAAACUGUAGAAUAACAUAGACUUGUUAUCAUACCUUACUUAUAGUUAUGCAUGUGUUGAUUUGAACUCUUGAAUCUGAGAAAUAAAUGAG